AUGGCGGCCCUGUCCUCCUGGCUCCUGCGGGCGCUGCGGCGGCGUGGCCCGGAGCUGGAGAUGGAGCUGGAGCUGGAGCUGGAGCGCCUUCAGCGGCGGCCGGCCGUCAGGACCCAGGUACCCACAGAGUGCAGAGAAGGAGGAGGAGGAGGAGGCGGCGCUGACGUACCGUGGCUGGGGUCAGAGCUGGCGCAGCGGUGUGUCGCAGUAGCAGCCGCGGCCGCGGUGACGUCUGGCUGGACUCGCGGAGCUGGAGCGUCUGGUCGGGUCGGGUCCUGUCCCGGGCGCUGCGCCUCGCCUCUCGUCGCCGGCUGUGCGCCAGCUGCUGCCGCUGCUGUUGCUGCUGCUGGAGGGUCCACCCGGCCGCUGCGCACCGGCUGCGCUCACGUCCGCACUGCACGGAGGUCCGCGGAGCACUGGAGAACCGCGCAGUCGCGCCAGCCGGCCAGCCAGCCAGCCUCCCUCAUCUCGCGGGGCCGCGGCGCGCGCCCCGGCCGGUGCUGCCGCCUGGCGGCGCCCGCCCCGCAACAGCGGCGCAACCCCCGGCACCGCACCUGCCGGCCGCCGACGACGGCAGGUGUUUCGGCAGCCGAGUCGCACGCCUGCCACUGA